AUGUGUGAUCGAGCCAGGCAGAUUGACGAGGCGGCGGGGAAGGGCCUGAUUGAAGGCGAGAAGCAGCAAUGCCUGGAGGAGCAAAAGGAGGAGCUGGCGCGCCUCUGCGCCCAGCUGGACGCCACGUGGCAGCAGCAGAGUGGCCUGGUCGUGCUGUACACGUGGGCAGCAUGGCUUGGCGAGGAAACACUGGGAUGCCUCGGGAUUGGCCAGGACCUCAGGCUUACGGGUGGGGAGGGAUGGGGCGGAUCGGCGACUGGAGGAGGAGAAGCACGAGGGGGUGAAGCAUCAGUAGCAGGUGCAGCUGCUGCAGCCACAUUCUCAUGCUCAUGCCAAGAUGCAGGGAUGGGUGUGGGUGUGAGUGCAGACGUAGGGGGUUACUGCAGGGCAGUGUACGAGGGCAUGUCUCUACAGGACGACCUAGCUCUCCUCAAGCGGUGGAGCAAGGAGAUGGGCGACCGUGUGUUCAGAGCGUCGCUCCACGCGUGCGCCAUCUGCUUCUCUGAGAAGCCCGGCUCCGAGUGCGUGCGUGCCGCGUGCACACAUGCAUUCUGCAUGGCGUGCAUGAGGACGUUUGCAGAGGCGCAUGUGGCUGAGGGGAACCUGCAGGCGCUCAAGUGCCCUGACACCAAGUGCCGCGCUCCUCUUUCCUAUGAUCUCCUGCGCACACUCCUCCCUGCUGACCUCUUCUCCCGGUGGGAUCAACUCACCCUGCAGCGCUCGCUAGACGCCAUGCCAGACAUUGCCUUCUGCCCGCGCUGCUCCCAGCCGGCUGUAGAGAACCCUUCUGACCACCACGCGCUGUGUCCCGGGUGCUUCUUCUCCUUCUGCGGGAUGUGCCGCGAGGCCUUUCACCGAGGCAGGACCUGCAUCACUCCUGAACUUGCACUCAAACUCAUGAAGGUGCGGAAGCAGGAGCGAUCUUUGGCGGAGGAGGAGUUGUGGAAGCAAAAUGAUUUGGAGCAGCAAGUGCUUAGCCGCAAGUGA